AUGGCCUGGUCCAAGGAGCCAGUCUGCAAGGUCGUCACCAUCACGGAGACCGGCUCGCCCGUCUGGGUUCCUAUCGCCACUGGCUGGGAAAAAGAAGAGACCACCACCACGGCUCCUCCCGCCGAGACCACCACCAGCAUCUACACCGAGCACUGGGAUGACUGGACCUCGACCGUCCCAGAAGCCCUGACCGUGACCACCUUCAUCCCGAUCGCCGCCGAGUCGACCACCACCACGGCCGCCGUGGCCCCAGUCGAGACUGGCUCGUGGGGCAACGCCACCAUCAGCAGCGACAGCGUCGUGAUCCCAUCCUCCACCAGCGCCGCCCCAAGCUCGACCAGCAGCGUCGCUCCGGCUGUUGCGACCUGCCCGGCCGACAACGGCGCGACCAUCGCCGGCGGCGGCUCGUGCGGUUGCGAGUUCGCCGUGCACUGCGGUGUCCAGGGAGGCGUUAGUGCCGCCGCGAAAUUUUGGGAGCAAACGUCCGGUCAAAUUGUGGACACACUUUCUGAAUGUUUGGCUCUCUGCGACAGCAACGACAAGUGCGAGGCUGCUCUGUGGGUUGAUGAUUCAACCUCCAGCGACUACCACCACUGCUGGCAAACCAGUGGCCUCGGCCAGCCAAUCGGCACCGGUAUUGCCCAGAUCUCCUACAAGGGUACCUGCACUGGUACCUGCGCCUCGUCGUACGGCGCUGCUGCUUCUUAA